GUUCAAUUCAAUGAAAGGAACUGAAAAAUCACGGACUUUUGUUGUAUUGAUGAACUUGUAAAAAAGAAAUUGAAGAAACAAAUAAAAUUAAAAAUAAAUUUUUUUAAUUUACAACAAACAUUUUGAUUUCUUUUUAUAAAUAUAUUUAAGUAGCAUUAAACUUAAUUUCCAAGAUGAGUAUGGAAGUAGAUGAAGAAGAAUUUGAAGUUCCAUCUUCUAGUAGUAAAGGUGAAAAGAAAAGAUUUGAAGUAAAGAAGUGGAAUGCCGUUGCAUUAUGGGCUUGGGAUAUUGUUGUCGAUAAUUGUGCUAUUUGUCGGAAUCAUAUUAUGGACUUAUGUAUUGAAUGCCAAGCGAAUCAAGCUUCAGCAACUAGUGAAGAAUGUACAGUAGCAUGGGGAGUAUGCAAUCAUGCUUUCCAUUUUCAUUGUAUAUCACGUUGGUUAAAAACACGUCAAGUAUGUCCUUUGGACAAUAGAGAAUGGGAAUUCCAAAAAUAUGGUCAUUAGAUAUUUUAAUAUUUUUGUGAUCAAAAGAAAACAAGAAAAUAAAAAAAAAUACAAGUGUUAA